CUUAACGCGACAGACAGUAACCUGUUUCCAGAGUCUGUCUCUUCCAUCCAAAACAAAACCCUCAUUCCUCUGAAUUAUUCAACACAUUAACAUGAUUUAUAAGUGAUGGAGGCUCGGACGCUGCAGGAGCUGGUAGCCGCCGCUGCCUCGCUGCACUCCGACAGAGUAGCGGUGAGAUAUGACGGCGGGUCGGUGUCCGGUAGUCCUCCGGUGUCUCUGCUGCUCUACAGAGAGCUGCUCCAGCUGGCCGCUGAACUGUCUCAUACUCUACAACAGACCUGCUCUCCUAAUAAUAACGGAGUGAUCGGUCUCUACUGUUCAGAUGAUCUGUUCAUUCCUGUCUGGAUUCUGGGGAUCCUUCAGUCUCCUGCUGCCUACGUCCCUCUGGACCCAGAAGCUCCAGGACUCCUCACCGCCAGAGUCAUGGACCGCUGUGGCCUCAAGUACUGCGCUGUGAAGACCGACAUCCUGCAGCGGUUCCAGACGGCUCUCGUCAAACACACAUCUGUGCAGGUGUGCGCGGUGUUGCCGAAGUUCAAACUGACCCUGAUACAAAUGGAGCCGCUGCCCGUCGCUGAGCGCCAACGAGGACCAGAACAAACCGGAGCUCAGAGAGCAGAUGGUGCUGGUCUCUUAAAGGAGGCUGGGCCCGGAGACUUGGCGUAUGUGCUCCACACAUCUGGAACAACUGGCCUUCCAAAGAUAGUGAGGGUGCCUCACAAGUGUAUUCUCCCCAAUAUACUACAUCUGAGAUCUUUGUUUCAGAUGAGUCCAGAUGAUGUGGUUUUCCUCGCCUCGCCCUUGACCUUUGACCCCUCUGUGGUGGAUAUCUUCCUGGCCUUAUCGUCUGGCGCUCAGCUCCUCAUCGUCCCGACUGUGAUCAAGAAAAUGCCGAGUCGACUGGCUCGACUGCUGUUCAACGAUCACAAGACGACCGUCCUGCAGGUCACGCCGACUCUGCUCAGCCGCUUCGGCCACCGCCUCCUAAAACAGGAAGUGUUGUCGUGUGGCUCCUCGCUGCGGGUGUUGGCUCUGGGUGGCGAGGCCUGCCCCUCGCCAGCUCUGCUGAGCAGCUGGAGGCACGAGGACAACAGAACCCACAUCUACAAUAUCUACGGUAUCACUGAGGUGUCCUGCUGGGCCUGCUGCUACAGAAUACCAGAGUCUCUACUGCAGUCCAGCAACCUCUCGCCGUCUUUUGUGCCUCUUGGGACGCCUCUGAUGGACACGAUUGUGGAAGUUAGAGACGAACAUGGUCGCGUUGUUGCUGAGGGUGAAGGACAGGUGUUCAUAGGUGGAGAGGACAGAGUGUGUCUCCUGGACGAUGAGGAUACCGUCAUCCCCGGGACGAUGAGAGCCACUGGAGACUGGGUGGAUGUUAAAGACACUCAGCUGUACUACCUGGGACGGCGAGACAGGCUCAUUAAACGCCACGGGAAACGGGUCAACCUGGACAGUCUGCAGCAGCUCAUAUCCAGUCUGCCUCAGGUGGAGGCCUGUGCCGUGGGUCUGUAUGAAACCUUUCGACUGCUCGCCUUCGUCGUGGCGUCCACAUCUGGAGACCAGAAAGCAGCUUCUCCUCUCACAUCUGCGCAGGAACACGCGGAACAAACAGCCUCGGCCGAGCAUCGGGAAGACCUCCCCUCUCCAGAUGGAGACCUGAGCAGACUCAUCCUGGACCGGCUGUCUCCGCUGCUGCCGUCCUACAGCGUUCCCGACUCGCUGGUUCUGGUCCCGGCCUUGAGCCUGACUCCUCAUGGCAAAGUAGACAUGGAGGCACUAAUGAAGAUCUAUCAAACACAGAGACGGCGUUUAGAGUCUUCACGGGGAGAUGUCACCAAACUAAAGCAAACUCUGCGGUCCUUCUGGCAGGAAACUCUCGGUCUUCCUGAAGAUGCGACCAUCGACGAGGAAUCCAACUUCCUGUUGAGUGGAGGAGAUUCUCUGAAGGCGCUGCACCUCUGUGAGGACGUCCUCGCUGCUGUGGGAGCGACCUCACCGGAGCUUUUGGAGGUUAUACUUGACGGGACCUUUUCUGACGUGCUGCGCCAUGUUGAGAGAGUAACACUUGAGAACAGCCAGUCAUCACCAACCAAGAAACGUCACGCUGACGCUCCGUCUGUGGUAGCGAAGAGAGAACGCACAGCAGCAGAGAGGCCGCGGGGGGAGACGUGGGCUGGUAAAGUUAUAAGACGAGCAGGUCAGGUGAUGGAAAUCAGAAAUCCAAACGUCCAGGCUGAUGAACUCGGAGAAAAGGACUCCAGUAAGAAACACAGAGCUGAUGUUCUGAGCCUCAGUCUGAGCUGGUCCUCAGACACAGGCAGAUGUGUGGACGCCUCCCCGGUGCUUCUAAUCCAACACAGGACAGAUGUGAGGUCAGACGAGGGUAAAGCAACGGUGUUCAUCGGCUCCCACUCUCACAGGAUCCAGGCGUUAGCCCUGACCACCGGCAGCCUUCUAUGGGAGCGAGUUCUCGGGGGCAGAAUCGAAGCCUCGGCGGCGGUGUCUCACUGCGGGAGCCUCGUGGUUGUAGGUUGCUACGAUGGCUGUGUGUAUUUCCUGUGUGCUGCGUCUGGAGAGACGCGGUGGAUGUUUGAGACGGGAGACGCCGUGAAGAGCUGUCCCGCUGUGGAUCCCCUCACAGGUCUGGUGAUGGUGGGCUCACAUGACGGGCAUGUCUACGCCCUGGACCCAAAGGUUCAGCAGUGUGUUUGGCGGCGUCACUGUGGAGGCGGAGCUGUGUUUUCCUCCCCGUACCUCCACUCCUCCCUCAGACGGCUGUACGCGGCUUCGCUGGGAGGUCACCUGCUCUGUCUCAACCCUGACAGCGGAGAGGUCCUGUGGUCGAACUGUCGAGACGUCCCGUUCUUCUCAUCGCCAAACGCCUCCUCUGGUCAGAUGGCGAUCGGCUCGGUGGAUGGAAACAUCUGCUGCUUCAGCGACACGGGGACACUGGUUUGGCAGUUUUUAACAAAAGGACCCGUCUUCUCAUCUCCGUGCGUCACCCCAGACCAGCAGCGGUAUCUGUGUGGAUCACACGACGGCUGCCUGUACUGUUUGAACGGCGCCGACGGCUCUUUAGUUUGGACUUUCCAGACCACGGGGAAGGUGUACUCCAGUCCGUGUGUGUUUGACGGCUCCAUCGUGGGCCGGAAGGGGACUCUGGUGGCUCUGGCCUCCACAGACGGCACAGUGUGGAUCCUGGAUGGACGGGGCGGACAAAUGCUGGCCUUGUUCACUCUACCCGGGGAGCUGUUUUCAUCCCCGGUGGUGUACGGACGCUCCCUCGUAGUCGGGUGCCGCAAUGACUUUGUGUACUGUUUAAAGCUGACUGUCAAAGAAGAAACAUAGCAGGAUCAUUUUAUAAUAAUAAACACUGAUGGCUUUUCUUAUAUCUGUGUCAGAGCGGAGAGGGCACUCUGGGAAAUAAACUUUAAUUAAGGAAAUAAUGAGA